CUCAGACCGAGGGGGGCGGGCGAGGGGAGUUGUAAAGAUGGCGGCAGGGCCAAUCCGCUCUCCGCCAGGCUGAGGCGUUCGGUGCGGUUCCUGGUGCUAAGAGGGACAGACGGUGCGGGCGGCCACUACCGGCGCUCCCACCAUGUCGGAGCCGGGGCACUUGGGGGUGAAGCGGGCCGAGUCGGCGAAGCUGCGGCGGGCAGAGCAGCUGAAGCGUUGGAAGGGCUCCUUGACCGAACUGGAGCCGGUGACUCCCGCCCACAGCCGGCACCGUGGCGGGCCUCGCGUUCGCUUCGAGGACGGCGCGGUCUUCCUGGCCGCCUGCUCCAGCGGGGACACCGAGGAGGUGAAGCGCUUGCUGGCCCGCGGAGCCCGCCUCAACACGGCCAACGUGGACGGGCUGACAGCGCUGCACCAGGCCUGUAUAGAUGAGAACCUGGACAUGGUAAAGUUUCUGGUAGAAUAUGGAGCCAGUGUAAAUCAACAAGAUAACGAGGGCUGGACCCCACUUCAUGCGGUUGCAUCUUGUGGCUAUCUGAACAUAGCAGAGUACUUGAUAAGUCAUGGGGCCAAUGUAGCUGCUGUGAACAGUGAAGGUGAAGUCCCAUCUGAUCUUGCAGAGGAAGCAGCCAUGAAGGACCUGCUCUUAGAACAAGUAAAGAAACAAGGGGCGGAUCUUGAUCAAGCUAGAAAAGCAGAAGAGCAGCAAAUGCUACAGGAUGCACGGCAGUGGCUAAACAGGAGGAGAAUUGAAGAGAGGAGGCAGCCCCGAACUGGUGCUACUGCUCUUCAUGUAGCUGCAGCUAAGGGGUACUCUGAGGCAAUGAGGCUUUUGAUCCAAGGUGGGUAUGAUGUGAAUGUCCAAGACAAUGAUGGCUGGACUCCACUCCAUGCUGCUGCCCACUGGGGAGUGAAGGAAGCUUGCUCUAUCUUGGCUGAAGCACUAUGUGACAUGGACAUCAGGAACAAGCUGGGUCAGACACCUUUUGAUGUCGCUGAUGAGGGAUUGGUUGAACAUUUAGAGAUGCUGCAGAAGAAACAGAAUAUGCUGCGUAGUGAAGAGACUAGAAACAAGCUAAUUGAAGCUGAUAUGAAUGGAAAACUUCGAAGUGGACUCUUCAAAAACAAAGAGAAGAUUCUUUAUGAGGCUAACACUCUGAAAUCCCUAGAAAGGGAAGAGGAAAACAAAGAGUCCAGUAGUUCCAGCUCUGAGGAGGAGGAAGAAGAAGCUGAGGAAGAUGAAGCUUCAGAGUCAGAUACUGAAAAAGAGGCAGAGAGAAAGGAAGAGUCUAUUAAUAACCAUUCCAAUCAUGAACCCAGAGCUCUAAUCACAGAACAAGUGCCACCACCAGAGCAUAACUCUUUCUCUAUGGCUCCUGCCAGAAAAUUUACUCCUUUUACCAACAAGUCUGAAGAGCAAAAGGAUGAAUCUCCCUCAUCAUGGAGGCUAAGUCUGAGGAAAACUAGCAGCCAAAACACACUUAGUGAAGGUGGUGUUCCUCGUGACAUGCUAAGAGAGAAGGAUGGUUCCAUCUAUCGUUCUUCUUCAACCCCUCGGAUUUCUGCAUUAUUAGACAACAAAGAGAAGCAGGACAAGGACAACAAACUCUAUUUUGCUUCAAUAGCCCCUCGAAGGUUAAACAGUACGGGUGACAUAGAAGAAAAGGAAAACCGAGAAUCUGCUGUUAACUUGGUACGGAGUGGUUCUUAUACCCGGCAACAGUGGAGGGAUGAACCAAAGGGAAAUGAAGCCCCUGCAACUGGUGCACUUCCCACUUACGUAUCUACUUACAUGAAAAGAGCCCCUUACAGGCAACAAACUGAUUCUACAGUAGAGAAGAGCUCAGAGGGCAUCUCUUCUAGCAUUCCGUUGAGUGUCAUAACAAAUCUCACUGUACCCACUAGUGCCAAUGGUGUUACAACUGCCAAUUUUAACUCAGUGACUGGAACAGAGUCCUCUGCUGGUGAUGCUAGGGAUCGGAGAAGGUCAUAUCUGACUCCUGUCCGGGAUGAAGAAGCAGAGUCUCUAAGAAAGGCACGAUCCAGGCAAGCUCGCCAGACUCGUAGAUCUACACAGGGAGUAACACUUACAGAUCUUCAGGAGGCAGAGAGAACUUUUAGCCGAUCUCGGGCAGAGCAGCAGGAACAGCCAAGUGAAAAAUCUGAAAAAAUUGAAGCAACUGAGGAAGGCAGUGAGAGGCAGGAACAGACUGCAACAAGGGAACCCGGGGAGACCCGCUCACGGUGGAACAGAAACUUAGAUGAAGAGUCUGUUGGUCGACGAUUGAGGUGUUCAGCACAACAAGACAAACCCACAAGCCCCAUCACUCCUUCAUUAGCUCCUUAUCUUUAUUCAAGUUCUCACCUCCCCAGGACAAGUAGAUCCGCAUCUUCUGACUCUGUAAACCCAGCAGACUUCCAAAGCACAUCUGCUACUGACAUGGAGAAAAAUGAAUAUGAAGAUCAGGAUUUGGAUGACAGAACUUCAAGCAAGCAGUCAGUCAGAGACAGAAGACGACCAAAAGAGAGACGAAGAGGCACAGGGAUCUCUUUCUUUACCAAGGAUGAUGAGGAGAUGGAUGGUACUGAAGAAGUAAAGGAGGACAGGCAUGAGAGGCUUUCCAGGUUGGACACAACAAGCUCAAGCACUGGCACCAGUGAUGCCUACAGUGACCGGCCCUCAGGUCGCAGCAGCGCCUACACCAGAAGAGAGAAUCGUCUGGCUGCUCUCAGCAGCAGAACAGAGGAAGACAGUAGCAAAGAUUAUAAAAAACUGUAUGAGAGUGCCCUGUCUGAAAAUCAGAAGUUGAAAUCAAAAUUGCAAGAUGCUCAGUUGGAACUCGCCGAUAUCAAGAUGAAAAUGGACAAAAUAGCCCAGCAGAAGCAGGAAAAAACUUCUGAUCGUUCGAGUAUGCUAGAAAUGGAAAAAAGGGAGAAACGAGCACUUGAGCGGAAGCUCUCUGAAAUGGAGGAGGAAAUGAAGGUUUUGACAGAGCUGAAGUCAGACAAUCAACGGCUGAAAGAUGAAAAUGGAGCACUCAUCCGUGUCAUCAGUAAACUCUCAAAGUAAUAUAUUGAACAUAGGAUGGUCCUAAAGGGGAGAUUUCUGUGCACAUGCUGCCAACCCUGUUUCUGAUCUUCCAGUUGAAAGAACAGCUGGUAUUUCAGACAUGGAUCAGCUAGCCACACUCUUCACUGUUCUUUGCACCUUGCUAGGCAUUCCCUUAUUGCACAGUACUUAUCCUUCCUCAAAACACAGCAUGCCUUGCCAUGUUUUAUUAUUUUUGGAAUGUUGAAGUAACUCAUUUAGGAGACAAAGACUGGGUUGGCACUAUCUGAGCUGCCGAAAUGAUCUGCUGUCAGCUCCAUAUCUGUCCACCGUAAUCUGAGAAGAAUCUACUGUAAUAAGCGAUAUAGAAGUGACUAGUAUUGACCCAACGUGUCUUAAGAUACUGUCUUGGAGUAGGAAUAGUGAGUGAAACUAGGAAUUGUCACUGAGGACUUAUCAAUCUCCAUUCUGGAAUCUGGGAGUCUGCGGUGCUGGUGAAAGCCACUACGAUUAUUUCUCUGGGAGUCUGAAAGUGGUUACUCAGCUUGGAGAUUUGUGUUCUCCGUAUAUCUCAGUAGCUGACUGAUUUAUUUAAUGUAAGAUUUAAAAUAAUUUAAUUUGGGGAUCCAAUCAGUGGUUCCCCUCUUUGUUUUGCUUCAUCUUUUGCAUCCCCCUCCCACGAUGGUUCUUGCUGUUCUUUUCUAUGGUUGCCUUUUCCAGUACUGUUUAGUGAUACCAUGGUCUUAUAGCCUCUGUUUUCUUUGGGUAACACUUUGUGCAUUUUAUCUUUUGAGACUUUUAGUAGAAGUACAGCUAACCAGCAAAUAUUGCUUAUUGAAUUCCCAGUUGUAUGAAAUCCACACCGAAAGUACCCAUGUAUGGCUCAUUUUCCUUGAAGUGAUAACACUGCAUGAAAAACAUGGUGAAGUAAUUGGGCAAACUAGUCAUAUUUAUGGUAAUUUUCCAACAGAUGCACAUUCAGUUGAAGAUGUGAGUGUUCUCAGUUUUAAAAGCAGAAGAAGACUGAGGGAUGAUGGAUAGAGGUGCUUAACCCUUUGGAAAAUGAUGACCCUCAGUCUUGAUGGAAAAUCUUGUAAUGUUUGAGAAUUUUGAUACUGUGAUAGUUUGCACAUUUGUAAAAUAUGAAUUUACAUCAACUGCAGGAUAUGCAUUAGUCAGAAAUAGUUUCUGUGCAUACUAGAAAUGAAUGAAUUCAUUUUUAUGGAUUCUCAGAAUGUAACUAAUUUACACACACUGUUCUUCUGGGUACUACAAAGAACCAGACUUCACAUGCAGAACUUAUUAACAAGGUUUCCUGUCAAUAAUAUGAUGACAUGCCAGUGGACUUGCUCUUUUAAUUAUCACCAUUGUGUAAAAAAGAACCUUUGGGAGCUGAGAAUAACCACACAUAAAUACAUGCAGGUGAGCAGUGGCAAUACAGCCAUUUCUUUCAGCAUCGCUUAGUGGGGCAAAGUGAAUGAUCUGCAUUUGAUCUACUAUGGAUCACCUCUGAGACAAAGACACAGGUGGUUUUAAUCAUUUUGUCUUUUUUUCCUUAUGCAAGGAUGGAAUCUAAAGUUCCACAAACACUCCCGCUCACUCAACAGAACUUCACCAUCCUCUCUUCCCCCCGUACAGCCUUAAAAUCUGUUUCAGAGGGUCCCCAACUCUGGAGGAUAUUUUGAAGGCAUGUGGGGAGGGGGGCUUCAGGAAGGAGGAGAGGAAGGUGAACUCCAGUUGCACAAACAGAAGUCUGUCUCACUCACACAACACAACCCCAUAUGUUUGGAUUCCCCAUCUGAGUAGAACUAUGGGAAUUCUGUUAAAAGACAGUAGUCCCCAUCUUUGUGCAGAAGCACCUCAAUAGGCUAAUCCAAAGUUCUUAGAGUCUACUAUGAUGAAGAUAGCUUGCCCCUUUGAAAGAAAAUUAAAGUUAAACCCUGAAGUCUUAGCAAACUAUUUGAAAAAAAGCCAUUCUGUUUCAUUUUUAGAACAGCAGAUAAUCAGGAUUCUGGAUGGGUCAGAUAAUUAUUUGAUAAAAUUUCAUGUACUUUACUGAUAUUAUCCACUGUUAUUUUAAAAUCCAUUUUUACACACACAUACAUUACUUUACUGCCCGCAUUGUUUCAGAACUAGAUAGGCUGAGGGUGGGGGGAUGGGGCAUGCUUUCUUUUGGCCAUAACAUGUGCUGAUCUCUGUGAGUGAUACUUUUCAACACAGGCAUGCUAACAUGCCAAUCUGGCUAAUUUUACAUGGGUGAGGAAUAUUCAGCUGAUUUUUUUUCAUACUCUGUCAUGAAUGAUCACUUAACAGCACAGAAGAAGCAGACAUGUCGUGCUUGUAAUCCAUUCUAUAGUGAUUCCUGGAUUCUACUGCUGCUAGUUCUCACUUGAGAUACAGUAGGUAAUUAAAUCACACCGUUUUAAAGUGUGUGCCUUUAAAGACAAACACUAUGAUAGCUGAUAACAGCAGGGGUGGCUAGCCUGUGGCCCUCCAGAUGUUGGAGGACCCAAACUCUGAAUCAGCCCCAACCAACAUGGCCAAUAGUCAGGGAUGAUGAGAGUUGAAGUCUAGCUGCAGCUGGAAGGCCACAGGUUAGCCACCCAUGUGAUACAGCAUGAACAAUGAUUGACACAAGUCAAGACUUUUUAAAGUUAGGAUUUGAUAUAUAAACCUGAAUUCUGUCGAACCUGAAAAUUAUGUGAACAAAUUGAUCCUGUUGACAAGCCAAAACACUGACUAUAACAUAUGUGGUACUAAAAAUAGCUGAAUUAGAUUAUUCCAUGGAGGUCACCAAGAUCAGUACUGGCUUCUGACCAUCAUGCACCUUGACAUUCUGGGUCUCAUGACAUGUACUCUGAUAGGUAACAGUUUUUCUUAUUUUGUCUUUGUUAAUAACAUCUUAAGGCUUCUCUAAACCAAUCACUUGAGAACCCAUUUUUAUUCCAACACUAAAGCCAACAUUAACCUGGUCUGGACAAUAAUCUCAUUUUAAUAAACUAAGGUACAAAUGAACUGUCUGCCCGCACACACAGCUCUUUUGUUCAAGUUGUGAUUAAACCAAGAAAUCUCUAACAACUUUGGAACGAGGCUGGAUCUUAAAUCUUGGUUUGAAACUAGUUUUAAGAUACUGGCUUGUUCCAAAGCUGGUAGCCAUAGUUUUCUAAUCUGGAAAACUCUGGUAAAUUAGAGACCUUAGUUUAAUCAUACCUCACACAAAUGGAGAUGCAAAAGUGGCUGUGUACAGGAGCAAAAUCAUAUCUUGAUUUAUUAAGCUAAGAGUUGAUUGUUCAAACAGAAUUAUUUUAAUUUUAACCAAUAAACUCCUGAACAAUUCAGGAAAAUAUGCCUGUUUUAAAGAAAAUACGGAGAGAAGAUAUUGCUACUACUGAAAUAUGAUUGCUUUAUAUUGCUAUGUUUUUAGUAUUCUGAUGGAUUUUAUAUAAUGUUAAUUAUAAUUGUGAAGUCUGCUAGAACAUUCUCUACAAAAGUACAAAUUAUGUGGGGAAAACAUUUUAACUGAAAGGGUUUUCUUGAAAAUCUGCCUUGCUACUUUCUUACUCCCAGAAGCUUUUUCAGCUGAAUGAACUUCAUUAAGAUGUGUUUGCAUGUGUAAAGUCUUAUAAAUUCAUUCCUCAUCUGUGUUGACAUUUCUGUGCAACUUUUCUGAUAUAAGAAGCAUAGCCUAGAGUAAGAAAGAAAUGGGUUUCAUUGCUCGCAAACUGUGAACACAAGGUUUUCAUGGGGUGCAGUUGGCCAGAGCAAAGUUUCAGAUGAAACUAGAGGCAUGCAAAAAGGACUACGUUGAGGGAAACAAAUGCAAAUACAGAAGUAGUAUUGACAGCUGACAUUUUGUGGUUGAUUGCCUUACGUUAAGAGGAGCUCUGUUGUAUUACUAAAAUACAAUAUGGAUAAUACGGACAGCUAUCGUAUGCAAAGAACUCUGAAACAGUGAAUGGAAAUGGAAAUUCAAGUGUGGGUAGAGGUAGAGCUGCAAGAGCAAAUGUAUUUGAUUUGUCUGUCUUUAGUGACAGUUGAUGAUGUAGCAUCUGCUCUCUGCCCAUGUUGAUUUACAUUUAACUGAGGGAAUUAAUGGAUGUCUCUAGAGGUCUGGCCAGAUAUAUUUCAACCAGACAUCUUCAGUAUGGCAGGGUUUAUGAGUGCACUGCAUUCCAUCAAAUCAGCUAAUUUUAGAUUUGUUAGUGGUUUCUAGUCCACAGAUAUAUAAUUAUUAUUGGAAGCCAGCCUAUAGAAAUCUGAUAACAAAGCAAGUAAUGCCAUCAGACUUACUUCUUUUAAGGGCUGUAGAUAUAUACAAUCUGUGAUUGUUCAUUUGUAGGUCCUAUUCUCAGUGAGUAACCUGGAAUGAUAAGACUAGCUAUGAAGGUCAAUUGAUCAAAUCAUUGGACAUAAAUCAUAUGCAAGUCCCUGACUGUGCUUGGGUAUACAGGAGACUUAACAUUUACUGUUCAUUAGGUGAAGAUCAGAUCUGUUUCCAGGCUGGUGAGCUUAAUGUGUAAAUGUAGGUGGAAGAGAGUGAAAUGUAGUUCUUUCCUCCACCUAUAUCUGAAGCAUUUUGAUUGAACAUUUUCCCCUCCCCUGCCAACUCUGCCAUUAGCAGGUAGCCAAGGCUUGGGAUUUACUGGCAAUGAAUAGAAAUCACAGUUGAAAUCAAAAUAUACCUAAGAGAUUAUUUCUACUGCAUCAUGUUUGUUUACCCCCAUAACCACUAGUAUUCUUUCAGAAUUGGAGACUUUUUUGUGAGAAGGGCCUUAGUUAAUUUCAAAUUCCCACUUGAUUUCAAAUGCACAUGCCCCUUAACAAACAUGUCUCCAGUAGUUUUGUAUGAAUUUUAUCUGUAUCUGAAAGUGAUGUAGUUUUUGUAGGACUCCUUGCAAGUGGGUUAAAUGGUAGAAGUCUGCCUUCCUCACUGAGAAUGUAAUUUGUCCUUUGCACUCACGCUGAUGCACCUUUUUAUAAAGCAGUUCUGUAUUUGUGCUUUAGGUUUGGUGUAGGUUCCUUUUUGCCAUACUUUCAUCUUGACUUUUCCUACUUUUCUUCACUGCUGCCAUAUUAGCUCCCCUGAUGCACAAGGCACGUGAAGUCCUGCAUUUUUGGAUGUGAUCCUUCAGACACGUUAAGGAUGUGAAGAAAGAGAACCUCUUACAAAAGGCAAUUAUAAGUUUGUUUCAAGCUUGCAAAAUCCCCAGAGUUUUUUCCUUUAGAGACUUACGUUUGGAUCACAUUCACCAUGUUUGAAAUCUUUUUGCAUGAUUCUCCUAGAGGCAGCAUAUUCCAAGGGCUUUUUACCAAGAAUAACAUCUGAGCAGCUCACAGGUAAAAUUAACCCACCUCCCAGGGGCAGUUCUUUUCUUCCUUUCCCCAACAACUGUUCUCUGUUUUCCUGGGGCAGAUCAGACCCUUGAGUGUUCUAAGGGUGUUCAAGGUGUUCUCAAUAAAUACUCUUGAGUAACAGCACAAGCCAAGUUGUUUCCACAGGGCCUGUUGUGCAUCUCCCCGCCCCUCUCUUGAUCCCCUUCAGCUCAUUUUGUUGAGGAAUCUAGUAACAAGUUCUCUCUGCAAAUGCUAACUCCUGGAAAAGAAAGAGUGGUGUUCUGCGCUUGGCUCACUACCUUCCCAAGCAGCAAGUAUUCUGUACUUACCUGUUUUAAGGAGAGUUUUACAGAUUUUUGUAAAUACACUACUUGGAGAAAAGACUAGCCUGAGAGUGAUGGGAAAGAAUGUAUUUUUAUGCAACUUUUUGAGUGGCCUUUCAAACUCUGAGAUGAAUGGUUUUUGUUUUCCUGAUUGUUAUAUAGUAUUCUAAGUAUAUGUUUGAAAGUUUGAGGAUAAUAUUCACGUUUAUAAUGCUUGUAAACACAACAGUAUUUAUAAAUGAAUAAAAUAAGUGCUUUAA